CACACGUACCAUUCGCGCGCGAAACUUGGCGCGUCCUCCACUCACCGCUGCAGCCUGGCCCAAGCUCCAGCUCUCAGCAAAACGCCGAGAGUCAGACGUCACUAGGCCAAUUCCGAAAAGCAAAGCUUCAAGGCACCUCACACAGUCCUCGAUCAAUAUUCGCGACUCAACAUGGCAAGCUCGUCAAGGCCAUUUGCCGCAGCCCGGCCGAAACGCUCCGGCGAGCAUUUUACUCGAACCCAUCACCUGGACGCAGACGAGCCCUCCACAAAGAAACCCCGCUUCGAUCCCCGAAACCCUUCUACCUUGGCGCCUGAUAACGACGACGAGGAGGAUCCGACAUUGGAGGCCGACGUGAUUGGCAAGGGCGGUGCCGGCGUGAAGCGCAACGCUGUGAAUAUCGAUGGCUACGACUCGGACAGCUCCACGGAAAACUUCGAUACGCGAGCGGAAGCAAGGACCAAGAAAGAUGCGCCCCCCAAAGACGAGGACGACGACGACGACGACAUGUUUGCAGAAGAUCAAAACGACGACGAGCAGAAUGAAGAGACACGGCGCGGAAACAAGAAGAAGAAACAGCUGCGUUUCCUUGAUACCCAUGAGAUAGAGGGACAGGAGGAAGACAGCAAAGCCGGAGGACAUGUUGCUGUCGAUUUUCGCGCAGGAAACGACAUGCAAACGGAAGAAGUGGAGAGUAGCAGCGAGGAGGGCGAUGAUGAAGAGCGCGACAGGCUUGAUCCCGGCAUGGAUGAGGAGAUCGGAGCCGGUGGAAAGAAGCGUCGUGCACCCAAACUAGAUGCCUUCAACAUGAAGGCAGAGCAGGAAGAUGGUCGCUUCGAUGAGGCCGGGAACUACGUUCGCAAAGCGUUUGACCCGGAGGCUGCGCAGGAUUCUUGGUUAGAAGGUCUUUCCAAGAAGGAUAUUCGAAAAGCCAAGGAAGCACACGACAAACUAGAAGCAGAGAGGAGAGAGCGCGAGAGACAAGAGGACAGCAUCGCAACAAGCGACGUGCUUUCUUCGCUGAUUCAAUAUUUGGACGUUGGGGAAUCGGCAAUGGAAGCUCUGAUACGGCAUGGCAAAGCCGCGCCCAAAAAGAAAAACACAAGUAACUGGAGCAAGAAGAAGAAAAGCCAAGAAAUGGACGUCGAGACCGACCCAGCACAGGAAGCAGCAGCAGCCAAAGCAAAAGAGGCCAUCGAUACUAUAACUGAAUGCGCAAGCCGUCUGACGGAUCGUGGCGUGGAAGAUAUCUACGAUCAACCCCGCGAGAUGAUUAUGCGCGCAUACAAGCGCGAGACAGGAGAGGAUUGGAAGAAUCCUAAUCCUACUGAAGCUGCAUGGGAGUUCCACUGGCUGAACGCGCCCGAAGACGCUAUCAACGGGCCCUAUGACACGGCGACCAUGCAGGCCUGGGACGAAAGCGGGCAAUUUGCGGCUGGCGCCGAAUUCCGUCGCGUAGGCGAAACAGAGUGGAGUCGUUUACUCGACUUGGACGACUGAGCUGUCUGGAAGGGGACGCGUUGAGUACGGUAGGUUACACAGUGCUACUAUACACCGGACCGUCACCUGCCGCAGAGUACUCCAGGGCUUCAGCACCGUUGAACAGACAUAUUAGCCGCCUAGCCCGCUGCCUCGUCCGCCAGACGGUCCGAUGGCUUGCAGACUACCAUGCUUCGCACGGUCAAUUGUGCAGCGCGGUUGUACAUGCACAACGCUCACUCGCUCGCUAGCGUCACGUGAACGAAAGUUCAUGCGAGUUGUGAGCGAUCCUUGUAACGUAUCCUGCCUGCUGGAAGAGGAGACAGCUCGCGCCGGGUUGUCACCGGUCGGCAGCGCCGCCGAUGCAGAGGAAACCGACGGCUGUGUGACGCUAGGGCAGACAAUGAAUCGAAUCGUAGACAACGCAGACCUGCCAUCUGC